GGUGGACUUGGAGGCUGACAGGACAGAAGACCUGGCAGGGCCCAGGAGAUGAGAACAAGGAAGGGGUUGGCAGGUGGAGGCUGUUUUGGGUGGGAACUCGAGGCCCUAUGUCCUCAGCCCACCUCCCAGGACAUUCCUAGCCAGGCCUUUCAGGGACCGGACAGUCAGAAUUCUCCAAGUCUACUUCCCUUUUUGUUUCUAAUCAAGAGGUUUACAGACUUUUCUGAGAGUUGGGAGCAAGGGUGUGAUGCUGGGGUGGGUGGAGUUAGCAGGUGGAAAAUAGAAGCCAAAAGUGCAGGUGACUCCUCCUCGGAGAUGAGACUGGGGUUUUCUGUGGGUGCCUAGCCAGGCCCUGGCUCCCCUGUGAUUCCAACAAGGCUGCACGGGAAGGCAGGCUUGUGGCCUUGGAGGCUGGGAGGGCUCCAGCUUUUGGGGCAUGCAGUUUGGGUGGAUCAAGGCCACAAGCGGCACCAGGGAGGAGCUCCUUCACCAAUCUGAAGGAUAGUGAGAGGGCAGCUGAGAAAGGCGGGAGGCUCUUUGUACAGGUAGCUGACUACUCAGAUCCUGAAGGCUCAGUAUUCCAGCCUGAACGCUGUUGCUUUAUCUUUUGUUCUGGGCAUAUGUUAUGGAGAUUCUCGGGUUAAGCUACAGAAACCAUUUCAGGAGGGUUGAAGAAAAGCAAUUCCUUUAAAAGAUAUGGGGAAGCUCACAGAAUGUCUGGAAAUGCUGUAGAGCCAGACUUGGAGAAUGGGCUGGAUCAGGAGAAGCUGAGACCCACCCCCCCCCCCCACCAGGACCCAGCUCAGAGAGGAUUCUGCAACGCCCUCUGAACCCCUUUCUUUCCUCUGCUGCCCUGGAAGCCGACGUGGCAUGAUGUGCAGAGUGGAGUCUGUACUUACCUGCCUCUUUUGGGCCCCUGGUUUCUGAUGCAGUCUGGAUGGGGGCAUCCAGUUGGCCCAGUCCAUGUCAUGUGCCUGUAUCACGCGCUGGGUUUGGGGAGGUCGGAAUUAAGUGUGUGGCCAUCUUGGCUUUUAUAGUGGGAGGUGCAUUCUGCCUCCCUCCAGAUGCAAGUGGGGGGAAAGUUCCACAUUCUGAGCAUCCAAGAAACCCAACAAAUAUCUGCACUGGAAAUAAAAAUGAGUAGACAGUGGUUCCUGUCCCUGAGACACUCACAGGCACAUAGGGGUCAUUAUGUGGGCAAAUAAUUCUGAUGGGAAGUGAUGGAGGCCAUGGUGGGGGUGGUCACCAGCCAGGGGCUGGGCUGGCAGAGAAACACCGGUAAUAUGUCCCUGCUCGUGGUGGAAUGUCCAAGAUGUCCCUGUGUGCUCCAGGCCACCUCAAUGGAAUGGCUGGGUGGAGUCUGAUGACUGGUUGGGACUGUGUCACACGGGGCCAGACAUUGUGUGAUACGGAUCCACCGACUGGGCAGAAUUUGAGUCUCUAGAAAUGUGUGCCUUUUCUUGCUCUCAGAAGUAAUGAAACUGCUUGGCCUAAAAAACUGCUUCCUAACCAAUGGAGCUUCUCCUUUGAUAUCUAGCCAUUCCUUAUAUGCAUUUUGCUAUGCCACUGAAUCACCUCUUACCCCUGUUGGGGCCUCAGCUCAGUAUCGGGAUAAGAGAAAGGAUUUCUCAGGAGAAGCAGAUCAGAGAUGGGACGAGAAAGGGGAGGGUGUAUUUGCUGCCUCUGGGGCCUCUGCUCCGUGAGAUCAGAUUCCUUCUCUUCUCUGCUCCACUCCAUAUCCUUCCGUGUUGCCUGCUGUGGUCUAUGUCUAUAACUGUCCCUGUCCCUUCACCACCAUCACUGUCCUCCCUGUCAUCAUCACUGCCCGGUUCCAUCUUGGCCAGGCCCCUGUCUCCAGAAGGACCCCAGCUUCAGCCGUUGAGCCUUGCUGUGUCCCUCUUGGCCUCACAGAGCCCCACCCCACUCGCCCCAGCUCCACACACUGAUAUUCCAGAACCCCAGUUUAUAGUGGUCCCAAAUCAGCACAUUGUCCCGUAGAGUUGCCACAGGUAGGUAAAGGCUGGUGGGUGGGUCCCUCUCAUCAGGUCUCUCACAGCCCCUCCACCCCCCGCCUGCCCCCUUCUUCCUACUUGUGGCAACUUCAAAUGAAGCACCUUCCUGUCACACUCACUGGGGCCUCAACCACAGGCAGCAGCUGCCCGCCUGCCCACCUCCCUGCAUCCCUCAGAGGGAACUUCUGCAGAACCAGGUGAAGAGGCUCACACAGGCAGUAGGGUCAUGAAGGGGGAGUCUGCUCCAGAAUUGGGUUGUUGCCACAAGACUCAGCCUCCGGGGAGUACAGGGAGCUCCCUGUCCUCCAGCCUGGACUUCCAGCUCUGCCAAGGCAACCAGGUCUCCUCAGCUCGCAGGCCACUUCCUGACACUGUGGAUGCCCAUGGCUCAUCUUGUGCCAGCUGGCUGUGCCCCUUGCUGCUGGCGCCAGCCAAGUCUGCCUUGCUGACCUGUCCCCAGGGCCUGGACCUAUACCUGUGUGCCCUGCAGCCGGCAUCGCUGGGCAUGGCCCCACAAGGUCUCAGAAGCGACACCUUGAGCACAACACUCCAGCCACCAGGGCUGCAUGCAGGCUCCACUGAUGGCGAGAAACUCACAGCCAAGCACUCUGCAAACAGGGACCAGAGGGGAAGCCAAUGGGAAAGAGCUGGAGAGGGGGCCCGCUGCCCAUCCUUCUGUCCCCACAGCAGCUCUUGCCCACCCCCCUGGCAGAACAGAAGGAGCCCCAGCCCCUUAGCUUUCUGCUCCUGUCUGUCCUGCCUGCUGCCCACUCCCAUCUCCAAAGUGCUCCCAUUCUGCCUUCACCCCUUCUGUCCUGCAUAUCCACUUCUCCUGCCUCCUCCUUACCUGCUUACCUAUGGGACCCUACCUUCUGUCCGAUGCCCCCGCCUCUUCAUGCAGCCCCCAGAUCCCUCCCACCCCAUCAUGGCUAUGCCCAGCUUGCUGAUGAGUGUCAAUGAGCCUGGGCCCCCCACGGCCCAGAGGGAGACCCUGUAUCCUUACCCAGGGGCCUCCCAAGCUUCUGGCCAGAUCCAGCCUUUCCAGGCCUGGAAUCCAGGCCCUGGAGCUGCCAGGACCUACUCCUCAGGGCAAAAGAGUGCUGGCAGGGCGGCUCCAGCGAGGCGGACCCCACUGGGCUCCCGGACAGGCACCGCAGUGCUGCCUUACCCACUGAGGAAAGAGAAUGGCAAGAUCCUGUACGAGUGCAAUGUAUGCGGCAAGAACUUCGGGCAGCUCUCCAACCUCAAGGUCCAUCUGCGUGUGCACAGCGGGGAGCGCCCCUUCCAGUGUGCCCUGUGCCAGAAGCGCUUCACUCAGCUCGCCCACCUGCAGAAGCACCAGUUGGUGCAUACCGGGGAGCGGCCCCACGAGUGCCUGAUGUGCCACAAGCGCUUCAGCAGCUCCAGCAACCUCAAGACCCAUCUGCGGAUGCACUCAGGGGCCCGGCCCUUCGGGUGCAGUGUCUGCCCAAGUCGCUUCACCCGGCACGUUCACCUGAAGCUGCACCAGCGGCUGCAUGCCCGCCGGCCCUGCGGCCUAGCUCACACCCACCUGCCCCUGGCGUCUCUUGCCUGCUUUGCCCGAUGGCACCGGGAAGCACUAGGUCUUGUGGGGGUGUCAUCAGAGAGGCAGCUGGGCUGGGAUUCGGAAAAGGUCAAGAGGUCCUCGGCAUCGGGGCAAGUAAGGGCAGCCAGCCUGAGCCCUGGUGCCGGGACUGUCCUGGGGAGGGGGCAGGGCAGAGCGAUUAAAGGAUUUUUCUCUACGCAAGUCGAGGCCUCCUGAGCUUCAACAGUGGCGGGGGAAGCCACUGUGUAUUGGUCAGACUUCGCAAUCCACCAGGUCAGGGGACACAGCCACAGAGAUUCUGUGAUGCUCUCCCCUGGGGUGGGGCAGGCAGCCAUCUCCUGCUCCCGGUCUGGGACGAGGCCCUCCAAUCUCAGCUUGCCAGUGGGUAGUUCGGCCUUCCAGGACUCUGCACGGUGCAGACUAUGCUGCCACGCACGAGGCACAUUGCUCUUUUUCCUGAACAGAUGUUCCAGCAGCUGCCCAGAUGCACGUCUGCUGCUUCCCACCACCUUCUUGUCUCACAGUUCGUAAGAAGCCACUGUGCCUCCUUAGCUGGUAUUCCCUGCCACGGUCAGGGGGCGGGGUGAGCUCCUCCCUCUGCACCUGCUAGGAGCUGAGCCCCCUGUGGGGUGGAGGGACAAGAACACAAGGAUGUCGAUGUCUACUCAUGACCCAGAAGCAAGAUAUCCCCCUGUGUGCCAGGACCAGCCACCAAAGAGGGCAAAGGGCUAAGGAGGUGCGAGCUCAGGGAAGAGGUAGAGGCUCUACAAGGAGUAUAAGGAGGGAAGAACUGGCAAAGAGAGCCUGAGGAGCUAGGACCCUGCUGAUGACCUUUCUCUCUGCGGUCCCAGAGGAUGCCCUCAGAUGUGCAAGGUCUUCUGCCCGCCACUUGGGAGUUAGCAACAGGUGGGGAAAGGGCACUGCCUGAGAAGCAAGAUUAUUAAUCACAAUACACAGUAGCUAUUAUUGGGGUGCCUGGGUGACUCACUGGCUAAGAAUCCACCGACUCUUGAUUUGGACUCAGGUCAUGAUCUCACGAUUUGUGAGAUCCAGUACAGAGCCUGCUUGGGAUUCUCUCCCCCUCUCCCCCUGUGCCCCCCCCCCCACUCAUGUGAGGGUGCUCUCUCUCUCUCUCAAAAUAAAUAAACUAUAAGAAAAUACCAAUAGCCGUUAUUAAACAGUAAUACGGGAAUGCAAACUGGUGCAGCCACUCUGGAAAACAAUAUGGAGGUUCCUCAAAAAAUUAAAAAUAGAACUUCCUUAGGACCCAGCAGUUGCACUACUAGGUAUUUAUCCAAGGGAUACAGGUGUGCUGUUUUGAAGGGGCACGGGCACCCCAAUGUUUAUAGCAGCACUAUCGACAAUAGCCAAAGUGUGGAAAGAGCCCAGAUGUCCAUUGGCUGAUGAAUGGAUGAAGAAGAUGUGGUUUAUAUAUACAAUGUAGUAUUACUCAGCGAUGAGAAAGAAUGAAAUCUUGCCAUUUGUAACUACGUGGAUGGAACUGGAGGGUAUCAGGCUAAGCGAAAUUCGUCAGAGAAAGACAAAUAUCAUAUGACUUCACUCAUAUGAGGACUUUAAGAUACAAAACAGAUGAGCAUAAGGGAAGG